AAGCGGGUUGUAGGGCCAAAGCUAAUGAGGGAGUAAACGAUUAAUCAACAAACAAUACUACCUAGCACAUAUUUGAGGCCUCACAGCCCCCAAAAUAAGUGCAAAGACCAGAAUGACGAUCGUCGAGCAUGAAGUCCAGAAGGGGAAAUCCUCGAUAGUGGACCACGGGGGGAGUUCUGCUCACAACACGAUCACCGAGGAGAACUACAAUGCUGAAAUUGCGAAGCUGGAGCAGUUCAAACUGUUAGCAUGGAGUAAAAUCGAAGAACAGAAUGCACUUUUUGGGGAAAAGGUGCGAAAAGUUGAAAACGAGCGCGACGAUUUGCUCUACCAAGCGCUCGACAACGAAGAGAAAAUGGGAAACCUGCAGUUAAGAUUUCUUUGCAUUAAGUACGUUGAGGUUUUGGUUUUCUUGGUACAACAAUAUUGGAGGUCUUCUUCUUGUACUAGAAGUCUCUGAGAUUGAAUUUUUUUCUGAAUUUCUUAGGUCCCUGAUGCAAUGCGCACGUCAGUAAUAGACAACGUCCUUGAAGCUGGGUACAUCAUCAUCAACAUCAAGUGCUCGAUGUUGGAGACGAAGCGCUCUAAUCCAGCGGCGUCUUGGAGACGCGAUGAAGGAGCUGCAGGCAUUAGCGGAGAUCAGUCAAGAACAGGACAAAGCACUAGACUACCUGAUAAAGUGGAAGAAACAUGCAGAGGGGUUCUUGGAGUCUCUAGUAACAUCUUCUGCUUCAUCGAAGCAACAAGGAGAUUCUCAGCAAUCAAUCUCCGCAUCGGUUAGUACCAGUGCAAUCAACGACUCUUCGUCAAAACCAACGAGGCUAACGCGGGAAGAGCUAGAGAAAUUUACACGAGGAACGGCUGCGCUUCUGGGAAAGGAGCCAGUAUUAGCGGACGAGACAUCCGGAGCGCACGCAUCGUCGUCCAGUGGAGCCUGAUCAAGAAUCGAGUGCGACCAAAAGGUGUACUUGGAUAAUUAGUGAUGAAUUAUGAAUGUUGCAAUUGACCCGGUAUUGACUUUAGGUCAUCAUCAUCAAGCGUUUUGUCAGUGAUUAAGUCGUAGUACGACGGACUGCUCUUGGAUACCCAAAACCAAAAAGAGAUUUGUAUGUUUUAGUAAGGAAGUGAUGUUUCUUUUCAGACCUGAUUCUCGAUUCUUCACGCAAGAGUCAGAGUUUAGCAAG